CGUACGAUUUUGACAACCUUGCCUACAACUGUAGAAAACGACAUUACAUGACAGGAAUUGGCCCCACCUGGAAAAAUUCUCCUUUCCCUAUAAUGAAGGAGAUGUCAACAUUUAUGAAAAGCAGUCAAACCAACCUCGUGGAGUCACGCAAUUGGUGACAAACAAAUAUCAAAUAUCCAUGCAAACCAAAGCAAGCAUGCAUUAACCUCCUCUCAUGAGGGUCGUGUCCUCUCUUUUAUUUCUCCAUAACCAACCACCCCCCACGAACCCCUUGUAUGUUUUAACUGCCCCCUCACACAUAUUUUUCCAAUUACACCUAAAAACACAACUCUUCAAUGUUUUGUUUUUUUUUCCCAUUCUGCUUCCAAACACUUAUAUACGUACACUGUAUCGCAUAUAUGUUGUUAUUCUUAGGAGUUUAAGCAUUACAUAGUUUUACAAAUUAAUGGAUUCAUUGCUCUGUGAUGAGGAUUGGCUUUCUUGUCCUUUAACUACUGAUGAUCAAUGCCAUCAACCCACACACAUUCAGAACUUAGAGAAACGCAGUGAUUCGUCAAAAGAAGAGUGUCUGGAGGCUUUGAAAAUUUGCUUAGAGAAGGAAUCAAGUCACAUGCCGAAACCCUCAUAUGCAAGGCAACUCCAGUCUAAUCAUGAUUUCAUGUCUGCUAGGUUCAGAGCAGUUCAAUGGCUUAUCAAAUCUUGUGUACGGAUGAACCUGCCUUUUGGGAUUGUAUUCAGUGCUGUAAAUUAUCUUGAUCGGUUUAUGUCAGUAAAUCCGUGCAAGGAAUGGAAUUCGCAGAUGGUUGAAUUACUCUCUGUGUCGUGUUUAUGGGUGGCCUCUAAGUUCAGUGAGACAUCAGUUCCUUCGCUGUCUGAAAUUCAGAUGGAGGGCCUAGAUCAUUCGUUUGACACAAGUAUGAUCCGGAGAAUGGAACUGAAGUUGUUGCAGGAAUUGGGAUGGCAGAUGAACUCUACAACACCAUAUUCCUACCUAGAGAUUCUGCUGCCAGUAUUGGACAUUGAUUCAGAUCAGUUAACCGACAGAGCAACUGAGUUUCUUCUAGGGGCUCUAUUAGGUAUUUUUGUAGAGUAUCAGCCAAGCACCCUUGCUGUUUCUGCUCUAUGGUGCAGUUUGGAAGAGUAUGCACCUUCAAUCACUAACAUUACAAAUCUCUUUAACGAAGAUCAAAAGGAUGAUCUUAUGAAGUGCCACAGCAUGAUGGAAGCAAAAUCAAUGAACCAACUGUACAAAUUGAUAGGAAGAUGUGGGGCCUAUCACUGCCCUACAAGUCCUGUGACAGUAUUAUUGAAAGAGCAGAUUGAUGAUAUUCCUGAUGAUUGCAUCUUUGAUCUCUCCAUUCGCAAGAGGCCUUGCACAAAUAUCGAUUUUAAUCCAGUCAAUAAGAAGAAGACAAUGAUCUAGGGUUUACAGCAAAUUAUAUUCAGCAAUUUCUUGUACUCUUUCUGUAUUUUUCUUUCUCACAGUACUAUUUCACAGUGCUUCUAAA